CAGAGCAGCCGAUUUACGCGCCGACACGCUGCCGCAGUCUUGGCGCGUCUUGUAGGUCUAAAUCCACACCCAGCUGACACCUCUGAACGACUCCAACUUUGAGGCCCAUGAUCUCUCGGCCCUUCCCUGCGCGGCUUAUUAUCGAACGAGUAUUUGGCUCUCUUGAAGACAAUAGCAACGGAUCAAGAGCUUCGAGAGCAACAUGCCACAUUCUGACCCGGUUCCCGCUGAAGGAGAAGAUACAAACCACCGCUCGGCGAGCCAGAUGGAACAAGAGCCCGCUGCUGCGGCUGUUAGCAGCCCGCCAGUGGAAGGGGAGGACAUUGUCAUGGCUGAAGCCGGCGAAUUACAAGGCAUCGUGGAAGCGGCAAAACCAGCAGCCGAAACCCCUUCGGCUCAGAUGGAGACAGAUGAAGACCGAAUAAAAGUCAAGCAGGACAUAAAAUCGGACAUCAAGCUGGAGGAUCUGUUUGAUGGCAUAGACUCAGACGAGGAUGAGUUCACCAAUUCCAACGAUGCCCAGCAGGAGACGGAAGCCAACGCCGCUGAUGCCGCCUUUGAACUUUUACGCAUCUACUACCAACGAUUCUUUCCCUGGCGGUACAUGUUCCAAUGGUUGAACCAUAGCCCGGUUCCGGCAAAGGACUUCAAGCAUCGCGAGUUCAGUUUGUGGCUGCACAACGAUGCCGUGAUGCGGUACCAAUCAUAUACCACCGCAGAUCUCUUCCGCAAGGACGUACUACGCUUGAUGCCCAGGCGUAUAGAAAUCGGGCCGGUCUAUACGGCGGAUCCGCGAGACCGCAAGACCUUCCGCAACUCGACUGCGUUCCAACCCUUGGCUAAGGAAUUGUGCUUCGAUAUUGACUUGACAGACUACGACGGUGUGCGAACAUGCUGCGAAGGGGCCAAUAUUUGCCACAAGUGCUGGAAGUUCACAACGAUGGCCAUCAAGGUCAUGGAGACGGCGUUGCAGGAGGACUUCGGCUUCCACCACAUCCUCUGGGUCUAUUCCGGUCGUCGAGGUGUCCACGCCUGGGUCUGUGACAGGAAAGCCCGGAUGCUGGAAGAUCAUCAGAGAAAAGCAAUCACCGGCUACUUCGACGUCAUCAGUGGCAAGCAAGGCGGCAAGAGGGUCAAUGCCCGUCGGCCGCUGCAUCCCCAUCUCUCGCGGAGUCUCGAUAUCCUCAAAGACCACUUCCAACGAGACGUUCUGGAGCUCCAAGAUCCCUGGAAAAUUCCCGAAAGAGCCGAGUCGUUGCUGCAACAAAUUCCCGACUCAGAACUGCGGGACGCUCUCCGCAAGAAGUGGGAAGCCUCUCCGGAACGCGGGUCAACCGCCAAAUGGGCCGACAUCGACGCGCUGGCCCAAACCAGCGCCAGCAGCACGCUCGACCCCAAGGACCUGCUCGACGCCAAGCAGGAUAUCGUGCUGGAACACACCUACCCGCGCCUCGAUACCGCCGUCUCCCAGAGGCUGAACCAUCUGCUCAAGAGCCCCUUCGUCAUCCACCCGGGCACCGGCCGCAUCUGCGUGCCCAUUGACAAGGACAACCUCGACGCGUUCGACCCGUUCAACGUGCCCACCCUGCAGGGGCUGGUGCGGGAGAUUGAUGCGUGGAACGAGGCUGAAAAUGGGAGUGCCGCGCAGGAUGGCGGGGAUGUGAAGCACGUGGUGCAGGACUGGGAGAAGACGAGUCUCAAGCCAUAUAUCGAGUAUUUCAGGUCGUUUGUGACGGCGCUGAUGAAGGAUGAGAGGGAGAUCACGGUCAAGAGGGAACGCGAGGACGAGCCGGUGGUGAAGGUCGAGUCGUUGGACUUCUAGGGGGUCACCUAUGGAUAACUUGGUCUUGAUCAUAACCUGUGGGCACAGGUAGAGAGCGGGAUGCUUUCAGGGUUGCUGCUAGGGCCAUUUGCGUUCUAGACAUGUCAAUCUCAAGCCGGUGCCGUUCACUGGGAG